GUUAAUUCUACGAGAUCUGCGACUUGCGUUUGUUUCUUUCGCGACGAACAACCUUGAAGAGACGGACGCGAUGUGUGCAUAAUAAAGGCUGCUAUACAUAAAAUUACUUAAAUGCAAAAAUUUCUGGAAAUAUCUUGACUAUUAAAAUCUCAAAUCAGAUACAGUAGUAAAAUGAAACAAAAUGCGUCAGAUGUAAUUUACAUUCUGCGAACUCAACAACCGCAAACAUCACUUUACGUUUAUUGUUUACAAUUGGCUUAUUCUUCUAGAUCUAAUAUAGAUGUAAAAGUUAGUGCCAAUCAUAGGCAAUAAGCGCGCAAAGCGAUGUCUCAACUGUUGAAUCCGUCAAACGCGGCCAUUUUCUCAUUCAAAACAUAUGGGGAUUCAGCAACCAACAGAAAACACAAUUAGUUUAGAAAACACAAGUCCGACAAAAACAAAAAUUAAUAUUCACAACAAUCAACGAUCACAGAAAUGUUGAAUGAGCGCGUAUUUUGUUGAGCACAGCGCGUUUAGGCAGAAUCUACCCCCAACUGUUGCGCGGCGGAUGUGUUUUCUGAACGCAUCCGCUAAUUCAUUUGAGGCAAACUUGCGUGUGUGCGCGUAAGCGAGCAACCGAAUCCGCCAUUACGAGUCGCCUCUAGCUCCAGCUUUAUCAGUUGCCAGCCUUGAUAGGAAGACGAAAAUAGUGGGGCGAGCGCGACCAGUCUACCGCCGAAUGUUUUGCCUAAUUAUUCGAGGGAUGUGACUUUUCAGGGAAAUGAUAGAUUUCAUCUGAUGUUGCGGUGAAGCGAAAACGAAGCAGUGGCGAUGCGUUGUCCGCUUAGCGAGAUGGAACAAGCGCUUCGUACCGUGAGCAGAUUACGGUAAUACCGGUUGAAAACGUCGAAGGUAUCAUCGGACCCGACUCUUUGUCAUGGACAUGCAAGCUUCUAAUGGAAUGGGUAUGUGUGUGAAUACAGUGUAUACUUCCAUCCCUGGGUUGCCUGAACAACUAGGAAUGGUGUGGAUGGGGGAUGUGAUGAUGCACGCAGAACCUACUCAUGAGCUUAUGCUGGAUCCUCGACAAACAACUGAGAAUCCCUUUUUCUCACAUGGUUCAAAUCCUUAUGAAGAGAUUAGAAAUCAUCAUAUUGGAACCACUAUGGUGCGCUAUAUACCACAGCAAUUUUCAACAGAAUGUUCAGAGCCUGGUGAGGCAGAGGAAGCUACUGAUACUCAAGACUUACAGGGAGGAUAUGAUUCAGAGACAGAAAAACAAGAAAUAAGUGAAUAUUUAACAUUGGAAGAUUACAUAGGUGAAGAAGAAGAAGAAGAGGAAGAAGAACAAAUAAUGACUAAUGCUGCGACUCAAACUACUCAAGACAAGCAUUAUAAUAAUCACUAUCGAAAGAUAAAACCCAUAAAACAUCCUGGACUUGUUCUAAAGACACCAAUUGCUUAUCAACCUUGCACCGAUUUGAACUUCAUUCCUAUUCGUAAAGAUGGCAUAGCUGUUUGUGAAAAGUGUGGUGCUAUUGGUGUGAAGCAUGCUUUUUACACAAAGGAACGUAGAUUUUGCAGUAGAGCUUGUGCUCGUUCUUCAGAAUAUAACUCGCUUACUGCCGAUUCGACACACAGCCCAUCUUAUUCGAUAGAUCAACCUAUACAAGCAUCACCUAAUGAAACAAAAAAACCAACAAAUACUGUUGGAGAAUUAAAAAAGAAAAAAGCAGAAGUCACUGAGUCUUCUUCGGAGGAAAAUCACAAAGUUAACUUGGAGCCUGUAAUGCCCGAGGACUUACCAGUUAGAAGAAAGAAAACUGCAGAACUGGCUAGUUCAUAUGAUUGGACACCACAGCUUCUUGAACCUGGAUUUUGUGCUGCGCCAGUCUCUUGUUUCAAACAUGUAAGUAUAUAG